UUUAGUUAUGGUAGAAUCAAGUCAAGGUGAUUUAACACAGUCAACAGCUGAUCAGUCUUCUAAACAAACUAGAGAGUGGAAGUACAAAGAGAAGCAGAAGCUGAGAGAAUCUCUAACGCCUCUGCAAUUCCACAUCACACAAGAAAAGGGAACAGAAAAGCCCCACUCUGGCGCAUAUGUGAAAUUAUUUGAGACGGGUCGCUACACAUGUGUAGUAUGCAGUGAGCCAAUCUUCUCCUCUGAGCACAAGUAUCCCAGUCACUGUGGUUGGGCCACCUUCCACGAUACAGUGUCUCAGUCCAGUACUGACAGGGCAGUGGACACUUUCGACGGACUAGUGCGCAUUGAAGUCAAGUGCUCAAAGUGUGGAGCUCAUAUAGGUCACGUGUUCGAAGAUGGACCGAAGAAGUUCGGAGGGGAGAGGUACUGUGUCAACUCAGCAGCCCUCAAGUUUGUUCCUGGAUCCAACGUCAACCUCAGCAGUCAAUCGACACCGGACUCUGUUAGCAAUCAAAACCAAAGCAGUUGAUUUAAGUUUGUUACAAAUGUAGAUUCUAUGUAUUUUCCAUUAAUAGAGGGUCAGAUUUGUAAAUACAGAUAUUAUGUUUUGCUAGCUUACUUCCCAUACGCAAUAUUUUCAAUUGAAUU